GAUGAUAACAGUAAAUGUGGCUGACGUAAGAACACAACAGUUUGCAACAGAUAUCACCUUCAUUCUCGAUCGGGGAAACGGUUCGGUUAAGUACCGCAAAUUUAUUUCUCUUGCUACGAGCAAUGUAGGCUGAUGAAACGGAACAGACGGCAAAAACUUCGUAUAACUAACUACACAUUAUUCUACAUGGACAAAGACAAGUUAGCUGUGAGCCAUGACCCAUGCUCCUGGUUUGAGAUGCACCAGUUCAUUGGAGACCUGAUGGUCUCUGGGGGGGCUCUGGGGCUAAAAGACGCCCCACCAGCAGCCCCAGGCUCAGCCCAGCCCAGACAGAUCCCGGCAGAGAGCAUUAGAGAGGCCAGAGACGGAGACGUCAGUGGACAAGCUCAGCACCAUACCUGCACUUGCCCUGGCUGCCCCUACUCUUCCUCCUCUUCCUCCUUCCAGACCAUAAAGCCCAGCAGCACCUACAGCCCAGAGCUCAGUCAGCCCCAGAGUCAGGCCAAGGAGACCAGCACCCAGAGCCCCAGCCCAGCCCCUACCACUCCCACUAACCAGGGUACUUCUUCACCAAGCCCCCUGCCUCAAAUCCCCACCUUCCCUUGUUUCUGCUGCCGGCGGGGCUUCCAGACCUGCACCCAGCUACUGCACCACCAUCAGGGGGCAGCAGACUUUCCCUUCUCCCAGACACACACCCACUACCACCACCACUGCCCCCUUACCACCUGCCUGCCCCACCACCACUCCCACCCUGGCCUGGCCCCUGGCACCUUCCCCUGCCUGUCCUGCCAGCAUUCCUUCCCCUCCUGCUCCCAGCUCUUCCGCGACCAGCAGGGCAACACACCCCCCCAGAACCAUGUUGGAGGGGUGACCAUAGUGUCCCCCACCCUACACCCAUGCAUGCACUGUACAGCCUCCUUCCCCCGACCCUCUCAGCUGCUACAGCACCAGCGCACCCAGCACGCUCACAAGGCCGGCGGCUUCCUGUGCACCGAGUGCGGGCGCGCCUUCAACUCCCACUCCAACCUCCGCAUCCACCUCAACGUACACACCGGCGCCCGGCCCUACUCAUGCCCUGACUGCGGCAAGAGCUUCAGCCAGUCGGGAGCGUUAAAGAUCCACCGGCGCAUUCACACUGGGGAGAGACCCUAUGCCUGCACCUACUGUGGGAGGGGCUUCCCCCACCUGGCCGGGGUCCGGGCCCACCAAAGGACCCACACAGGUGAGAAGCCCUACCGCUGCACCCAGUGUGAGAAGUGCUUCACCCAGUCGGGGGCACUGAAGAUCCACACAAGGAUCCACACCGGGGAACGGCCGUUUGUGUGCAGCCUCUGUGGGAAGGGCUUCUCCAACCGCUCCGGCAUCCGCUUCCACCAGCGCACUGUCCAUGGGAUGGUGUCGGAUAUGGGAGGGGGUGGAGGAGCCGGUGGGUCCCAUAGGGGGAGACAGAGUCUAGACAGCUCAGCUGCUGUGGAACGCCCCAGUGCCAAUCCAAACAGGUUACGCAACAACCCCCAUACUGACGUGAGCUCCAGCAUUACUCCUGCCCCGACCAAAAUCCUUUCCCCUGGGUCUCUCCGUGCUCCUCCAGGGUCAGGUCUGACUGUAACCUCAGACAAAGAGCUCCAGUUCCAGUCUAGCAGUGUGAAGAUCCCCUCCAGGAGAGCAGAACCGGGCAGUAGCAGGGAAGGGAGGGCUCAGCUGUACACCUGUGAGGACUGUGGGCUGCUUUUUGGGGACGCUCCCUCCAGAAACCGACACCAAACUGUGGUGCACUACUCUACAGAAGGGGUAGAGGAGGAGGGCCUGGGGGACACUGGGGGGGAGGGGUGA